AUGUCUUGCUACGACCUGUGCUCCACCUCCGCCUGCGGCGUCUACCGUCCCCAGCCCCUCGCUGACAGCUGCAACGAGCCAUGUGUCCGUCAGUGCCCUGACUCCACGACUGUGAUCCAGCCGCCUCCAGUCGUCGUCACCUUCCCCGGCCCCAUCCUCAGCUCUUUCCCCCAGGAUUCGGUUGUGGGAUCCUCUGGAGCACCCGUCCUUGGGGGCUAUGGGGGUUACGGCUCCCUGGGCUAUGGGGGUCUGUAUGGCUACAGGGGCUAUGGCUAUGGUGGCUAUGGCUCCUCCCUGGGCUAUGGGGGUCUGUAUGGCUCCGUCCUUGGGGGCUAUGGGGGCCUGGGGGGCUAUGGCUCCUCCCUGGGCUACGGGGGUCUGGGGGGCUAUGGGGGCUAUGGCUCCUCCCUGGGCUAUGGGGGUCUGGGGGGCUAUGGGGGCUCCUCCCUGGGCUAUGGGGGUCUGGGGGGCUAUGGGGGCUCCUCCCUGGGCUAUGGGGGUCUGGGGAGCUGUGGAGGCUCCCUGGGUUACAGGGGCCUGUAUGGCUACGGUAGAUCUUAUGGUUCUGGCUCUUGCAGCCCUUACUCCUACCGGUACAGCAGGUACCGCCGUGGCAGCUGCGGGCCCUGCUAA